CGAAAGGUCGCGAACAUUAGCAUUUCAAGACAACGAGGCACCAUGGACGAGGUGUGGGAAGCCAUGAAGCGCGAACAUGGAGUGAAGCCUCUGCGAAAGCCAAUGCCCAAAGUUGAAGCAAAGAAGUCCCCAUUGAAAACAAAGAAUCAUCCAGACAAGUCCACCCCAGUGGACCCCGAGCCGACUUCCAUUGUCCGGCCAACUUGUGUGGCUGCGUCGCAUGUCGAUUUCGACAAUUCCGAGACUGCGUUGACUCCAUUGUGUGCAUCAGCAACCCUCAUCACAACACCAGGGGAUCUCAUCACGAAAUCUCAGCGUGACCUAAACAGUUUGAGCGACGAACAACAGGGCAUCCGCAAACGCGCCAUGGAGUCCCUUCAAGCUUCCCUGGCGGAUGUGGACACGGUCACCCUCCACGCCGUCUUUCCAACCUUCGCCAAGCCACUGUUUAAGCGAUUCAACGACCCCGUGGAAAAGGUGCGCGACUCGAGCGUCCGGCUCAGCAUCCGCUUUGUCGCAGGGUACCCGGACCUGCUGCCCAUCCUACCAUACCUCAUGCCCGCAAUCGCAAACCGCAUCGGCAGCACGUGGGAUUACGAUGAAAAGCUCAACAUCUUCGUGCAGGACGCCGUUCUGCUCGCAGCGCACAACCGCGGCCGCCUCUUCGUCCCGGAAGCCGACGUCCAGCGCAUCAAGCCGCGGGAACCGUCCGAGGAAGUUCGCCUACUGUUUGUCGAGUUGCUGCAGACGUUACUCGCCACUACGUUCGACCAGAACGCGUCGUCCCUCCUCAACGCGUACGUGUAUGACACCAUCCGCGUCCUCGUGUACGGCCUCCACGAUUCUUUUCCCAGCGUCGUCAUCAAGACGUGCGAGACGCUUGUGCUCCUAAGUCUCAACUUGGUGUCUGUGGUCAAGCACUUCGCCGUGGCGCUGGUCCGGGCGACCAAGCAUCUGCUCGAACAUCGCCUCGCCAAGGUGCGCGUAGCAGCCAUGCUCUGCAUCCGCACACUGGUGAUGGUGCCCAACGUGGACAAGUGCAAGGGCGCGGGCACGGAAGCUAUCAUGGACCUUGUGGCGCACCAGGACGACAGCGUGAUCCCCGUCGCGGCGUUCUACACGGCCGAGAUUAAAGUCAACUUGUUUGCCAAACUCGAUCAAGAUGGCAACGUUCUCGUAAGGCAAACGUUCUUUGACACGAUCACGAUCUGGUUGCUGCAAUUGCCCGACCGAUACGACUACGAAUCCAGACUCAUGCCAUACCUCCUGAGUGCUGUGGCCGAUGAUUGUCCUUCAAUCUCGUCCAAUGCUAUCGACACUAUUGACAUUCUGGGCAAACGCCACGCUGCAGAGCACCCUGAUGAGGUGAUUGAGCGCACGCAAUAUGCAGUGGACGGAGGCCUCUUUUGCAACUUUACCAAGCCGUACCCGGCCCCCUUCAGUGGCCGACCUUCCCUUGGCACGCGCCUGUACAUUCGUGGCCGAUGCCGCCGUUUUAUCAACACGCUGCUACGGGAACUCAACCAUUGGCAAGGUCCGACUCGGGUGCAUGCGUCGCGAUUGCUCGUGUGUCUGUUGGUGUAUUGCGAAGACACGAUUACGGUGGACUUGCACCUGAUUCUGCCUCAUUUGAUCCAAUGCUGGGAUGAUGUCGUCAUUCGAACGUCCCUUGGCCAAGUCGCCGACUGCUGCGGCCGGUUCACCCAGCCAGCGUCGUACAUAUCUUUGUUCCUACCCUACAUUCGUGGUGACACGCCGUCGCUCAAGAUCGUGCCGGCGAUGCAAGUACUACAUGCGAUGCUAGGUGGCAUGAGUGGUGUGAACCGCACCAACCUCCUCGCGCAGCUGCCCCUACUCACGGAAGCGCUCACCAUGAGGUUUCUACUCAACUCGACGUCGGUGCAAACCGCCCUAAGCGAGCUCGUGCAUGGCAUCGUCGGCCACCUUGAAGGACUGUCAAAUCUGGGCUGUGACCCGUCGUUUGAAUCUCACGGCCGACUCGUGUCCAAGUCGUUACUGUUUGAACGGCUGUUGCGAAUUCUGCUCACGUUGCCCGCGACCCUUCCGUACAAUUACCAUGUUUGUCGUGUACAUGUACAGCUUAGUAAAACUAGACUACGAGUAGGCUUGUUCGAGCGACGAUGACUGGAUUGCAAACUGUAGCUGGCGUUCCCAACCUCUACGACACCUACUUUGAAGCGACGUGGGACCAUUUACGAGCUGAAUACCCCGUUGAGGCAUGGGUAGACUGGUCGCCAACGUGCUACGAGCACAAGAUGCUCGCGGCGGUGUUGGUUAGAGGAGUUUCCGCUCGUUGUGCUCAGCAACAUGCGUUGCAAAUCAACGACCUUCUACUGGCUAUUUGGACUGCCCCCUGUGACGGUGACCUCGUUGUGAAACAAGAGCAACGUCGAGAUUCGAUCGCGAUCGUCAUUCUGGACGUGGCGGCCAAAGCAAAGGAUACUGACGAGCUGGCAUCGCUCCGGAUGAAUGCGACAGAGUGGCUCAACCAAAGAAGUAGCCCGUCCGUUUGAUCGAUGGCGUGCCACACUCUACACGAUGCAUGUCAAGGUUAACUUCGUCGAUUCUAAGAUUAAUGGACUUUUUUCGUGUGAUUUGGCCAG